ACUCCACGUAUAGAUUAUAUACUUAUAAGCAUGAUGAUCGCUUCAGCAACUGAAGUGAAUCACGAAUCUUUAUUCAACUAUAAUUUAAAUUCUACUUCAAGCAGUUUAGCUGCAAUUAGCACACAAGUUACACCAAUAAGUUUGCAUUCACCUUCACCACCAACACCUCACACUCCUUCCUCACCAUCACAACAACCCCAGAUAAUAUCUGAGCCACCACAAUCAUCACUGCCACCAACAGUCAUUCCUACCUUGGAUGAAAUCUUGAACACAUCCAUCAAUGCCCAGAAUUCCGAUUUUAACUUGGAUAAAUUUGUCAGUUAUUUAUCAUCAGUUCAUGGCAAUGAAAAUCUCGAAUUUGUCUUGGAUGUAAACUCCUACCUUUCGCUUAGACCACCAACAAUAUCGCACUGGCAACAGUUAUACACGAAAUAUAUAGAACUUGAAGCACCAUGCGAAGUCAAUUUACCUUGUCAUUUCAGAUCUCAAUUGACUUUAAACAAGAUGCCAGAUUUUACCUUGCUAAUCAAAUGCAGAAGAUAUAUCCACGACGAUAUUCUUAUUAACUUGUAUCAUGAAUUCGUCAAGCAUGUCAAGAGUGCCUUUGAAUGUCCAUUCAGAUGCUGUACUCCUCCUAAUGAUCCAACAGUUUCACCUCGUCACUCAGUUCAUUAUGUUAACAAUAAAGCUGCACCACCAUUAACGCAUUCACAAUCUGUAUAUUGCAGUGCUACAUCCGCUGCUAUUUCUUCCUCUCGAUUAAAGCAUAGCAACUCAGUCAGCGGUGCCAGCAUGUUUAGACAACCACCACCUUUGCAUAAGCAUUCACAAGUUGGUUAUGAUUACUACGCUAUUCCUAACAGCGACUGCAGUAGUACCAGUGAAGAAGACAAUAGUCCUCGUACCACUCGUAAUAACUCUGCUGGUUCUGUUAGAGGCGGUUCACUUGGAUCCCUCGUAGGAGAUUACAAGAGCAUGAUUAAGAAGUUUAAGUUUAGAAGGUCUAGUACUGAUGAUUAGUAGACCUGGGUUUUUUAGUUCACAUUUUUUUUUGGUUUUGAUUGGGUUAGUGAUGUUUCUUUUCAACAUGGUUUUGUUUACGAAUGUCCUUGUAAAGGCAGGGGCUUUUAUGGGGUUAUGAUAUUUAUUUGGGUUUUUAUUUUGGGUUUACGUUUCUAGAGUUAGAGAUUAUUGGAUAUUUCUAUAGAGUAACAUUUAACAAUAAUUUCAUGAUUAGAUUU